UGCUCCUUGAUGUCAGCACCUGUUUCAAGCUCGGCAGUGCUGGAGCCAGCAAGCAGAGCACAGCCAAGCCUCAGACUCCGCUGCUGCCUCCCACACCCCGCUCAACCCUGGCUGUGGGACCCACCCCAACGCCGCCACGGAUCCCUGGAGGCAACUUGGCCAUCUUUGAGAAGAACCUCAGCCCCCGGGGCUAAUUGCCAUGGCCCCCAUCAGCUCUUUGCGCAAUUUCUCUACGUUGGAGGCUCGGAACGGCUCAGUAGCAGAGAAACCAGCACCAUAUACCACUGUGAUCAUGCCCAGUCUCUUCAGCAUCAUCUGUUUCCUGGGCAUUGUGGGGAACCUCAUUGUCAUUUACACUAUUGUCAAGAAGAAGAAGCUGAAGCAUAACCAGACUGUGCCUGACAUUUUCAUCUUCAACCUCUCCAUCGUGGAUCUCCUCUUCCUCUUGGGCAUGCCCUUCCUCAUCCACCAACUCCUAGGCAAUGGCUCAUGGUACUUCGGAGCAACCCUGUGCACCAUCAUCACCGCCCUGGACAACAACAGUCAGAUCACCAGCACCAACAUUCUUACAGUGAUGACCCUGGACCGUUACCUGGCAACUGUCUAUCCUCUGAAAUCCACCUAUGUCCGGACCCCAUGCGUUGCAGCUCUAGUUAUCUGCUUAGUGUGGCUCCUCUCCUUCCUGACUGUCAUUCCUGUGUGGAUGUAUGCAGGCCUUAUGCCUCUGGCAGAUGGGACUGUUCGCUGUGCUCUCUUGCUUCCCAACCCAGAGACUGAUAUCUACUGGUUCACUCUCUACCAGUUCAUGCUGGCAUUUGCCAUGCCAUUGAUAGUGAUCUGUGUGGUCUACUUCAAGAUCCUGCAGCACAUAACCACCACUGUGGUCCCACUGCCCCAACGGAAUCUCCAGAUCCGUACCAAGAAAGUCACCCGCAUGGCAGUUGCUAUCUGCUCUGCCUUUUUCAUUUGCUGGGCUCCUUUCUACAUCCUCCAGCUGGUUCACCUUGGCAUUGAUACCCCAUCCAUGGCUUUCUUUUAUGCCUACAAUUUUGCCAUUAGCUUGGGCUAUGCCAACAGCUGCCUCAGCCCCUUUCUCUACAUUGCCCUCAGCGAGACCUUCAAGCGCCAGUUCUUAGUAGCCAUCUGCCCUUCAAAAGUGCCACAUCACAACAGCAGCUCUGCCAACAACAACAGCAUGACAGAUGCCAGCAUAUGCCUAAAACUGGCUUCAGAAUCCACUCAGCAGACUCCACUUCCAGAGGACUCCCCACACUCACUGCCUGCAAUUGUUGCUAUUCACUAGGCGACACUGAAGUAAUCACAGCAGAAAGCCUUUUAAUCUGUAAAUCUGUGGAGGAUCAGCAGCCCCAGGCAGCUCUUUGUGAAGCUGCUGGCUUCUACACUCAAGAGGGCAGGCGCUCAGGUCUGCUGGUUGGCAUUCUGUUCCAGCAAUAGCCACUUCCAAUGUCCUUUCCUGUUUGGCAACCAAGGUAUCUUCAAGAGCUGGAUAAAUUUGAUGCUAAUCCUAAAUAUUUCAAGUAAAAUCAGGCAGAUAGCAGUUGUACAGCAUCAAAGAACUGCAAACAAUUCUCAGAAAUACUGCUGCUAACACCAGAUUUGUUGCUUAUCAUGCUGAGCCUAUUUUCACACUGCCAGUUCCUCAUGCUGCUCUCGUGUCUUGCAGUCUGCAUGGCUAUUGGGGAACUCCUGCCAAAGGGCUUUAAACAUGGCUAAAAAGCAUGCAGAUUAAUUUCAUGUAAAGUUGCAUGAAAAGUAUCACAUAGCACAGAAUUAUAUUACUACACUUACGGUUUCAUGCUGCCAGCCACCAACAAUACAACCAUAACAGAAAUUCACUCUUAUUCAUCUGGACUGUUACCUGCAUAGGACUUUCUAAGCUUACAAGUGUACUUAAUGUACACUUAUUACACUUGCACACAUUUAAGUGCAGCUAAUACUCCAUUCUACACAACAGAGUACAGCAAUUCACUCACCUCUAGUGAUCAUAGCAGGCUGGUGUGAAACACUAGCACUUUUGUCAUCAGAUGCAGAGAGGUGAUUUUUAAGUUAAUGAAUAUUUGUUAAACAGAGCUGUGUUCUUCCAUUCCAGACUCUGCCCACCUCAGAAGCCCAUCCACACCUAUGACUGUGUGGUAUUUUUGUUAGUUUUCCACCCUCUUUUCCUGGACCUCAAAGCCAGAUAGACACAUACAGAGCUUGCAAACUAUGAUCUUAAAAAUCUUUGCCACAUCUUAAAUGCCAGGAAUUCUCACCUAUGCUGGUUUUCAUGGGACUUCUUUGGUCAAUAUUCUGCCUGAAGAGAGCAAAGGUCAAGGAAUGCAAGUUUGUGCCAGUGCAGACUUGCUCACAAGACUAGCGAAGCUGUUGUGUUAACUUUCUCCUACACAGAAGGCAAAGGGAUGACUGAGACUUUUUUCUGUACAAGGUGGAGAAGGAUGGGCAUUUUUUCCCCCUCUCUUAAUACCAGCAAUUAGGAAAGUAUGAGGGAAGGGAAAAACGGUUUCAUUGUCUGAGCUCUUAAAGCAGCACAUUAAAGAUGUUAUCUUGUUUACAGUAAAGGUGUUUAUGAUUCAACCAGUUUAUUCUCACCUUGAAUGAGUCAGUCUGACGUGGUGCGGUCAAGCUUCAUGCUCAAAAAUCAGUGGACACAGUGGGCUAAUCAAGAAAGGAGGCCAGGACCAGCUGGUGCAAUGCAAGGAAGGGUCUUUGUGGGAAAGGUCUUUUCCAGACCUCACCACAUGGAAGUCAAGGCACAACACACUGUCACCUUUCUAGGGUGAAAUCUUCAUGUAGAUAAGAUCUGACAUCAGAGAAGCCAGGAGA